ACAAGAUAGCAUCAGAUUAUAAACCUGACUCUUUUGAAGGCAAGCUAGGUUACUUUUUCCUGUCUUUUUUCCCCUACCUCCUCAGAUACUGCCUCUAAGUCACACAACGAAGAAACUUUUUUUUUCCCCCUCGGUCAGUCUAGUGUCACAUAAAAAAGGAGAUUCGCUGAUAACUUGCUGUGCUCUGAGCUAAUAUGAAACACCAAGCUGAACUUGGGUGUCUUUGAGGCAAUGUUUUCCUUCGCCUAUCUCUUUGCCUAUUUCAAGUCCCCAGUGGUAUAAAUUGUCGGAGCGGACCCUAUCUGUCUCUGGGUGGGCUUUCAAAGGCGGCCCAUCAGUUAAGGCUUCAGUAAAGAGGUUCCUCCUGAUGCUGCGAGGAAGAGUCCCAGUCGUUUCUGGACCUUUUAACAGGCUGAUUUACAGUAACUGUUGUCUGCAUUCGGAGGGAGGUGACCCAAGAAGAAAUGUCAUCCGCUGGGGAUUGAAGGGGGAGCCAUGAACGCUGUGAAAUGCUCAGAGGUCUGCAACGACGCUCCACGGGACAGACGGCAUCCCGGUCUCCCACAGAGGGCCACACAUGCUGGCAGAGAAGCUGGACGGCAGACAGACGGGCCAGGCCACAGACCCAGGAAACAGACAAGCGAAGGCAAAAAUGUGCUACAGUUAAGACUUCAGCAGAGGAGGACACGAGAGCAGCUGGCAGACCAGGGCAUCAUGCCUCUGAACCAUGGCAAGUUCCCCAAGCAGGAGGACUCGUAUGCCUUUGAGGAGGACAGCAGCAGCGAGAGUCUGUCUCCGGAGCAGAACCACAGUGACGAGUCACAGGGCUCAGCCUGCCCUUCAUCUGACGCCGUCGGCAGUACGGCCUCCUCCUCCUCCUCACCUGCGCUGACCAGCCCACGACAGGGUAGUGCAACCAGAGGCCCACCAGACCAAAGCCAGGAAGAAGGCCUGUCUUCCCCUAACGCCAACCAGGUAGCUCCACCAAUACCGGUUCCUGCAAUAGUCAAGUCCAAGACGUCGGACAAGAACCGACAUAAGAAGCCCAAAGAUGUGAAGCCAAAAGUAAAGAAGCUCAAGUACCACCAGUACAUUCCUCCAGACCAAAAGGUGGAGAAGUCUCCUCCGCCCAUGGACUCGGCCUACGCCCGACUCCUGCAGCAGCAGCAGCUGUUCCUGCAGCUUCAGAUCCUCAGCCAGCAGAAACAUACUCACACACAUUCACAGAUACAGCAGCCACAGCAGCAACACAUACACUCCAUGCAGGCCCAUGCCCAGCAGAGACAGCCCACCUUCAGCUACCAGCCUCAGCUGCCAGCCAGCGCCCAGAAGGGCAACAGUGAGCAGGUACCAUCUUGCGCCUCUAGUGGUCCUGCCAGCAACUCAAACAGCAACUCCUCUUCUCCUGUCAAGAACACAUUUCCCAAUCAAAACAACGUUUCGCCUGUCAAAGUUGGUCCACUACCUGCUAAUCUGGACGACCUUAAAGUUUCCGAGCUCAGGCAACACUUGCGCAUUCGCGGCAUGCCUGUUUCAGGGACCAAACAAGCCCUCAUCGAACGACUCCGACCCUUUAAGGACUCCAUCGUGGACUCCUCACCGUCAGGGUCCUCCGACAUCACAACUUUAACUUUUCCGGUCACACCCACUGGCUCCCUGUCUUCCUACCAGUCCCCAUCUUCCUCCAGCAAUCUGUCGCAGGGAGGAUACUUUCCCUUCCCAAGUACCUCUUCCACGCCGCCCAUCUCUCCGGCCUCCUCUGAUCUGUCCCUCAGCGGCUCCCUCCCGGACAGCUUCAGCGACGUGCCAAUGUCCUCUCCAAACCAGUUCAACCUGCAGCCGUCCCCAACCCAAACUGCCAUAGAGGAUGGCCUGGGUGCAGGACGAGGAGGCGCCAGGGCGUGUGGAGGGAACCAGAGAGCAGGAGAGGACGAAAGGAGUGAUGGAAGUCUGGAAGCCGAAAAAGAUAAGAUGCUGGUGGAGAAGCAGAGGGUCAUCGAGGAGCUGACGUGGAAAUUGCACCAGGAGCAAAGACAGGUUGAAGAACUGAAAAUGCAACUUCACAAGAGGAAACGCUGCUAUGGAGCGACUGAGGACGCCAUCCCUCCACUGUCUCACCCCUCAAUGCUGCACCAACAGCAGGCCACACCUAUGAUGGGCCAGCAUUUUCUGGGGGUGACAAUCAAGCAAGAGCCCAUGUCCUUGUCGUCUAGUUGUCCCCUGUCUUCCUCCAAGCAGCUCAAGAGCCCUCCUGGCAGCUGCAUGGACAAUAUGGGGUGCUGCAACAAUCCCAUACCAAAUCUGGGCGGUGGUCCUGGUGGGCCACAAUGCAUGGACACAGACCCUUCCUCUGCCAGCCCCGCCACCAUGUCAGCCUUUCUGAGUCCCCAGUGUUCUCCGCAAGAUUCUCCUGUCGGAAAACCCACCAGCAGCUCCCAGCCUCCGUCGCCUAACAGCCCCUACCUGCUGUCUCCUCUGCUGGGGAGAGACAGCUGUGGAGGUCACAACAUGCAGGUGCAGCAGAGGACUGGUAGCCAGCCGUUAAACUGCUCUUAUCCUUCGGACCAAAGAAGCCUUCAGGCCGCAUUUCCCAGCUCACCUGACUGUGGUCUUAACCACAGCGGCCCCAUCAAGGCCGAGAGUCAGAAUAUGCAACCGAAGAUGUCAGCAUUGCCAUCUUCCCGGCAUGUUGGCCAAAAGUGCCAGGUCUCCCCCCCUGCCUUCAGUAGCUCAGAUUCAGAUGCAUCUGACUUAAGACAGCCCCCAUGCUAUGAGGAUGCAGUGAAGCAGCAACUGACCAGGAGUCAGCAGAUGGAUGAACUGCUGGACGUGCUCAUAGAAAGCGGAGAGAUGCCAGCUAACGCAAGAGAAGAGAGGGAGAGGUCCUCUGUAACACAAGUUGUGCCUCACAUUACUGUGUCCCCAGGGUGUCCCGGCCUUCUCAUCCCAAGGUUCCACUGGCACUACGAACACCUGUCCCCCAACCAGAUGCCCUACGACCAUGCCGCCAAUCACGCCACCGAGAGCCACUUGCAGACUCUGCUGGGUAACCCUAUGGGACGGGGAGGGGAGAUGGGGCUCCUUAAAAUGGCCGCCGCCGCCGGACACCAGGAAGACGAAGGGAACAGAGACGCUGAAGAGUACGGCAGCCACCACUGCCGCCCCCACCAUUCCCAGCCGGACAAACUCCAGACCAACAGAGAUCGGUUAGACACGCCGCUGUCGCCCGGUAGCAGUAAGGUGUUCGCCGUCCCUGAGGUCCAGGGGAUGGUCAGCAUGGCCUUUAGCGAGACGCCGUGGGAAACGAUGGAGUGGCUGGACCUGACGCCUCCCAGUUCCGCGACUGCUUUCGCCGGCGCUGCUCAGCCCAGUGCACCCAGCAUCUUUAACACAGAGUUCCUGGAUGUGACGGACAUUAACUUGAACUCUGCCAUGGACCUUCAACUGGAGCAUUGGUGAAAGCAACAAUGCCAACAUUAAUACCAAAGAACCAUUGAAUUCUGCCCUAGAUUUCUUUAGUCUAAGUGUGAGAAGUUCCUCUCUGCUGUCGUACAGUGGAAUAUUAUUUUGUUUAGUCGUCCAAAGUGUGACAGCCUAAAGAGAUGUUGACAUUUUAUCUUGAAUCUAAACUUUACUGAACUUAUUUUCCACCAAUGUCAUCGUAACCAAACAAACAAACAAAAAAAAAAAACAGGUGCUCUUUGAUACAAUUUGUGUCCAUUUUGAACAUUGGUGCGCACAACUGUCUCUGAGUUGAGGACUGACAGUGGACACAUGUAGUCCUUCCUGUACGCACCAUCAGUGUUACACCACCUAGACUUGAAGACAGAAUUUGCCAAUCACUGCAUACCUACAGAGUGAAUAUUUGUGUUCCUGGAAUAAAAGAAAGAAAAAUCCCCCCCAAAAGACUAACAAGAAUAUCUGGAUUUCAUAGAAGCAGCCAAAUUGUAAAUAUCACAACAGUUUUGGAAAAUCUCACAUCUACAUGCUGCUGUCAAAGGUGUGGGAGAGAGUACAACCCGAAAAUGAAGUGUAUAAUACAACCAUUUUAACGUUUGAUGUAAAUAUGAUAUAUAUAUAAAAACUCACAGAGCACCUCUUGCUUAACACACAUUUGUCACAGUUUGCUUGAGCUUUGAAUAUAGGAAUGGUUGUUUGUUUUUUUUAUACAUAUCUACAGUUUCUGACAUAUUUAUGUACAGGAAGACAUAAAGGGGAAAGCCAUGUCUGAGGGAUUUUUGGUCUUAUCAGUUUAAACCACAAGACAAACUGUGCCUUACUUGCAAAACAUCCUUUAUGAAUAAAAUUUCCCAGUUUUAUAUUGAUGACUCUACAAAAGCUAAAAGGCAUUUUGAAAGCUACAAAAAGUCAACUUCAAAAAGAAAAAAGAAAAAAAUAUAUAUAUAAAGAGAUAAUUUUAAAUGUAAUUUUUGCCCUCUUAAAUUGCAACAUCUCCAUUUCAAAGUCAAUCACAUUUAUUUAUUUUGUGAUUUUGUAUUUAUUCUUGAUCUUGUAUUUAUGCUGACAUUCCUUUGAUACUUUUUGAUGUAACCAAAAAUUAUAUAUAUAUAUAUAUUUUUUUGUUUGUUUUGAUUUUGGACCACUGACUCUUUUAGGCUAAGCAGUUUCAAAAUGUGGGGAAAAGCGAAGGAGCCGACCUAAGAACCCACGUUAUCUCAAAUGACAGUUAUCGAUUGUGUGAACCGUCCAUUGUAAGCACUUGUGAAUAGAAAAGAAAUGUAAUAUAUUCAAAUCUUAACUGUGAAUACUUAUAAAAACUCCCCCUACAGCCAGCAGACAAAUUGGUCUGCUCAACAAGACUCAGAUCAGUAAUGUUCUGAACACUCUAAAAAGUAAGAGUUUGAAUUUCUAUAGUAUCUUCUGAAUGUAUUGAAAGAAAUCUAGACACCUGUAUGUGUUCUAAAUAUGCAGCAUCAUUCACAAAGCAAUUUCUAGGUUAUACAACAUUGUCAAUACCAUAAUAUUCAAAAGUUCUUGCAGCAGAAAGCCAAUUUUUUAUAAAAAGACAAUCGUUUUUAUUUCUGUUGUCUGACAUUUAUGCUACGUUUAUGUCAGAAGAUUACCGGUACAUAAUUUUGUGGGGGUUAGAGAGGAUUUUAUAAAAUUGGCUUUAAACUGCCUUUAAACUUGAAUUCAUCUUUUUGGGCAUCCUGACGCAAGUUUCUCACACUAGUUUGCUGAAAUCAUGGCCCAUUCGUCCUGACAGAACUUGCUCACGCACACCUUUUGAGCUAAGGAAUCCAAAAUACCUAGAAGCAAUGCCACUUUCACCAGUGGCAGGCCGUGGAUUUGGUACCAGGGCCUUCAUAGGGACUUUGCUGAUUUAAUCCACCACUAAGGCCUUACAAGUAUGCAAGCCACCAACACUAUAGUAAACACAAAACGCAAUAUAACAGGGUCAGGCAUUACAAAGGUUUGUUCAGUCCUUAAAUAAAGUUAGUUUUGAGUUUUCGGAUUUCAAGUAUCCUGCUCUAAAUGCAACGUUUAGACCACAUAUUUAAAUGUGUCCUGAGUGACCACAUGAAUCCUAAAUACCUGAGCCAUAUCCAGUUAAAUAUAGAGAGAAGACAGCUAAGACCAUAUAUAUAUAUACCGUUGGUAUAUAUAGAUAUAAUAAUUUGCAGCACAGUUUGUUUAUCAAUUAGCCUAAUAAUUAAUUAUGAGUUUUUCACCUUUUGUGAGUGAAUACUAUUGCUAUAACAAUAAAAAAAAACAACAGUUUGGACACCUCCAAAUCUCUACACUAUAUCCAGCUGUACCAAAAAACGAACAGAAUUUCACACACAUUAACAAGAGCAGCACAGUUUCCUGGCGACGUGCUUUGCUAGCCAAACUUGCUAUAGCUUCACUCUGACUGUCCAAUCAGAGGGCGGAAAACCUCUGACACCACUUCCAGCAGGUGUUGCGUAUCAGCGAACCUGAAAGCUGAUUGGUUAAAAGAACCGUUCAGUUCGUUUACAGAACGUCAACAUGGCUGCACAGAUUCUGAAGGCUCUGGGCAGAUUAGGCUGUACGACACAAAGGAACUAAAAUCUGAUUGGAAGGAACAACGAUAAUGCACACCGACAUGUAUGGGAAGCAAUGCAGCAACAAAAGAAAACAAAGAUAAAUUUGAUAAAUAUUUUGGAAGUAAGUAAAUAAAAUUUAGUUGAACAAAAGUUAUAAUUUGGCUUGUAAACAUCUGAUAGUGCUUAGGCCUGAAGAGAAGGCUUUUAUUGGCUCCGUCGGCCCAACGCUGCUGUUGCUAUUGUUAGCAAAACGGCUAAUCCAGGUAGGAGCGUUUAUUUUUCCUCUGUGCUGAUUGGUUGCACUCACAAGAGCUGAAGUAUUAAUUUCUGUGCCUAGUAAUGAAUACUAUGGUAUAUUUGGUGUGUGAGCUAUUCAAAUAUGUAAUUAUUUUUAUAAGGAGUCUCAGAUAUUCCUGGGGUCUAGCUAUUCAUAGGCAGUUGUGUUCCCUAACCCCUGCAAAUACCAGAUGUCCACCUUAUACUUUCUGUUCGAUUCCCUCUUCUUCCGGCAAAUAUAACAAAGAUCAUUAUGGCCAACUUUUUGACUUUAGUUUCUCCUGAGCCCAUGGCAUGUCUCCAAAAGUUAAGGGUUUCACAAAUUGUAAUGUUUUUCUUUAAUGUCCUUUUUGGAACAAUGACUCUUGAGUGGCCUUUCAAAACCUUUCAGUGUGAAUAAAAUCUCACCACAUUAAGACAGACUCUUCACAGUGUAGUCAGGCUCAUGUUACCCAAGAAUAAACCUUUCUUGUAGAGGUCCAUAACUCUCUUCUAGGUAUCUUGGCUGAUUUCUUUAGUUUUUUUUGUUUGUUAGUUGUUGUUUUUUUUCAUAUCACACAAGGAAGCAAUGUGUUUGAGGGAUUGGCUUAAACUGCAUUCAGUUGUACUUGACUAUGAAUAUAUCUGAAGCUCCUAAAUCCUUGACAUUACCAUCUGGACUUAUUUAAAGUAAACAAAAUAAUAACCUUGGUGCGCAUAAACCUCUAAAUUUGAUGAAAGAGAUUAAAUAAAAUUCCAUUGUUAUUGCAUUUAGCUCAUAUAAAUAAUUGUAAUCCUAACUUACCUUAAAGGUUCAGUUGUAUCGAAUGUCAGAGAAUUGUUUUUCUUUUUAUACAAUAUGCAUAUAUCUGGUUUCUACACUGUAUAUUUGAUGAAAACCCCUAGAAGGCAUAACCAAGAUUUAAUUGUGAGAGGUGGCCAAAAAAAAAGCACUAACUGAAAUUAAAAUGCAGCUUGAUGAAUUUCUUGUCAUACUUUCUAUAAACUAUUCUAACCAUUUUAUUUGUCACAUUGGGGUUAUAUCAGUGUGUGGGAAGCAUUGCUUUAGAGCCAAAAGGGAAAGAUCGGGCAAGUUUGGUUUUUUUGGACGACGGAAGAGUCGUGUAGAACAUUUGCAAUAGAAAAAAUUUUAAUAAUUCAGAGUGAAUCAUAAAUUCCAGACAGGACUGCUGGCUGGAAAUUCAAGCUCUUGAACUUAAACUGCCAUCACAUUUUAUCUAUGAUUUCUUAGCUUUAACAAGGAGUGGAUUAAUUUGACCUGACAUUGCUAUAUAAGAUGUAAAUUAUAGGUUUGAAACUUUAUUUAGGCAUCUGCUAAGCUAAGCUCUCAUUUAUAUUGCAUAUAAAUGAGAUAUAAAAUAUAAAGAUCUGGGACUUGUAGGUAAACCCGUGCUAGCUGCUUUAGGAAUGCUAAUUAGCUAGGAAUUAGCAUUCUUAAAGCAGCUAACACAGGUGUCUCUUCUCCUUUUGUUUGAGAAGAGACAGCAAAUUAUCCCCAAAUAUGUUGACUUUGAUAGGGAUAAAUUUAAUCUACUUUUUGCACUCAGCAGAUAUUCCUUUCAACAUUCCAAAUUAAAUGAUGAAUUGGAUUCAAAUAAAUCCCAUUUUAUUUGCUAAAUCUAUCUUUGCUAGCAAAUCUAUCCCAUUGUUGGUUUUUUUUUUUUUUUUUUUUUUUUUUUU